AUGAUCUUCGGAAUUACACUUCUAUCUUUAGUAUUGUGCAAGGAAGCGAGGGAUUAUAUUGUAAUGUUUGAUCAGGAUCCAAGAAUGGACAGGGCAUCCAUGAAUGCAUUGUACAAUAUAAACAUCCUGGAGGCACAAAGGAUUCUUGGCCCCAACGAAACCAUCGGAAUAAAGAUGACCAAUGGAUUCGUAGCUCGCAUGAGCGAUACUCCAGCCGAAAGAAUGAGGAAACACCCAAAUGUGAAAAUGGUUGUAGAAGAUAGUUCUGUAAGAAUCAGUAGGCUGAAGCUUGGAGACCUUAAUAACAACGAGAAAGGCAGUAUUCUAAUGCAAAGACAUGCACCGUGGGGCCUUGCCAGGGUAGCAGGAAGUAUGUCUUUGGUCCAGAGAAGCUAUUGCUAUCCUGUCAACUCUGGAGAGGGUGUUGACGUGUAUGUUCUGGAUACGGGGGUGGAGAUCGAUCAUCCUGAAUUUGAAGGAAGAGCCAGAUGGGGUGCCAACUUUGUCCCAGAAAGCCAGGAUGGAGAUGACCAUGGGCAUGGAACACAUUGCGCAGGAGUGAUUGGCGGGAAGAACUUUGGAAUAUCCAAGGAGUCAAAGAUCAUAGCCGUCAAGGUUCUUGACAAGUAUGGAUCUGGGAUGACUUCGAGGCUUCUGCAAGGAGUGGACUUUGUCAUUAAGGAGCAUGAAAGGAAAAAAGACAAACUCUAUGAAGCUGCAGCAGAUAAGUAUCUCAAUUCCAGCGGGUCUUCUGAUAUUGAGGUGGAGAUAGAUGGCUCCGAGAGCUUUUCCUUCAUCCGCCCUGAACCUCCUUCAAUACAGCACCUGGUAGACAUUGUUUCAGAGAAGGCCUUGCAACCAAAAACAAUUGUUAACCUCAGUGUUGGAGGAUUCAGGAACGCUGCACUCAACUUUGCAAUUGAGUAUGCAUCGAAGCUAGGAAUCCACUUUUCGACUGCUGCAGGAAACGAGCAUGAGGAUGCAUGCGACUUCUCACCUGGAUCUUCGAAGGCAAGCAUAACAACAGGCGCGUCGACAUACAGAGAUACCAUUGCGUUCUUCAGCAACUUUGGAGAGUGUGUGAACAUCUUUGCUCCUGGUGUAGACAUACUCAGCUCCUGGACAGGGGGAACCCAAAAGAUUGUUUCCGGGACAUCCAUGGCUGCUCCACACACCACAGGAGUCAUGGCUGCAUAUCUUACAUACUACAACUACGACCCUUACACGUUGAAGAGUCGCAUAAUAAGCGAUGCUCGUGUUGUAGAAGACAGCGCCACCAGUAACUACGAGGAUUCUAUUCUAUGGCCAUUACCAGCACUUCUUAGCAGUAAAAGAAAAAAGCUUCCGAUGCUAUCCAUGGAGAAACUCUUAAAAAGAAUCAAUAACAAGACGGAGUAG